GCGUACCGCUCAACGUUAGUUUUCUCCGGUUCGUUUCGCAAUAUCAAUGCGUUGCGGUGCCACUGAUUGCAGUUUCAAAUAGCAUUCCUAGUUAAAUUGCAUAAGCUCCAAAGUCAAGGUCGAACAAUGUGCGGUAUUUUUUCGAUAUUUCUCAACGAGCGACACCGUCGUCUUUAUGGCGGUGAAACAGAUCUGUGUGGAAGGAAAGAGUCCCUGCGGGAGUUGGCCUUCCGACAGUCGGCCAGACAGAGGCACCGUGGUCCGGAUCACACCGGUUUGGUGGCUGACGAGGACGAAGGAUUUGUGCUAGUCCAGGAGAGACUGUGUGUGAUUGGGGUGAAAACGGGAACUCAACCGUUCGUGUCCCAAGAUGGCCAAGUGCUGUUGGUGGCCAAUGGCGAAAUCUACAACUAUCUGCUGAUGGCACAGGAAAUCAACGACGCACUUGAGGCAGGGGAGAGCACCUACACUCCGAGAAGUGAUUGCGAUGUCAUCAUUGCAUAUUACGAGAAGUUUGGCGUUGAUGUGCUCAUGAAGAACAUUCGAGGCAUGUUCGCAUUUGUUCUGUACGAUAAGAAAAAUGGCUGUAUAUUGGUGGCGCGCGACCCGAUUGGAAUAGUUCCACUCUACAGUGGGAAAGACGUUGAGGGCAACUUGUGGAUAGCCAGUGAAAUGAAGUGUUUAGUGGAAAAGUGCUCAGAAGUAGAGAUAUUCCCGCCAGGCCACAUGUACUAUGGAUCGAGACAAAAGUUGAAACCAGUGAGCUAUUUCGACUCUGAUUGGAUGUACGAGAUCCCUCGAGCAAAGGUGGAUUUGGAACGGUUGAAAAAGAGUCUGGAGGAUGCAGUUGAAUCUCAUUUGCAGUGUGACGUUCCGAUGGGAGCAUUGCUCAGUGGUGGUCUGGAUUCGAGCUUAAUCGCGUCCAUAGCCACAAAAAUUAUGAAAAAACGACAUGGGCCAGAUUAUCGAUUGAAAACCUACAGCGUGGGACUUGUCGGUGGACCAGAUUUUGAAUUCGCGCGCAUGGUUGCCGACUACAUCGGAAGUGAUCACACAGAGGUGUACUUUACGAUCGACGAAGGACUCAACUAUAUUCGCGAUGCUGUUCUACACGGAGAAACCUACGACAUCACGACGGUUCGCUGCACCAUUCCGUUGCUGUUGCUUUCGAGAUACAUCAAAAGCGAAGGUAUCAAAAUGGUACUCUCCGGUGAGGGAGCAGACGAGCUAUUCGGAGGAUACCUCUACUUUCAUCAAGCGCCAAAUGCAGAAGAAUUCCACUUCGAAACGGUAAAGCGUGUGCAGAACCUCCAUUACGCAGAUUGUCUUCGUGCAAACAAGGGAACUUCCGCAUGGGGCCUGGAAUUGCGUGUCCCCUUCCUGGAUACGGACUUUGUCAACUAUGUGAUGAGCAUCCGCCCGGAAGAUCGCAAGCCCCAGAACAAAAUCAACGGUUUGGUACAACCCAUGGAGAAGUACAUCCUGCGGGAAGCUUUCGCUGAGGAUUAUCUUCCGCAAAAAGUCCUCUGGCGACAGAAGGAGCAGUUUUCCGAUGGAGUUGGUUACACGUGGAUCGAUACCAUCACCAAGUACGCGGCGUCCCACAUCAGUGAUGCCGAGUUUUCUUCCGCGGCUGCACGAUUCCCCAUCAACCCGCCGCCAACCAAGGAGGCUUACUACUACCGGCAGAUCUUCAAGGAGCUGUUCCCACAUGAGAGCUGUGCGUCAACCGUCACCAGAUGGGUGCCUCGGACAGAUUGGGGCUGCUCCGCAGAUCCAUCCGGUCGGAAGCAGACGAUACACAAGGAGAAUGUGUGAAUUGAGGGACUAUUUGUUUAUCUUAAAUUGCUAUAAGGUAGCUAAGUUCCUCAAACAAUCCAUGUCGAAUGCAUAGUAUGGUCACAGAUAAACAGACGUAACACAAACAAAAUUUCCAUCGCGUCAAAUGAUUAUUUCAAAUUUCUUAAGUACCUAGAUAUCACAUUCCGCAACCAUGCGCGCAUCGUUGAGCUUUGUGUUUGAAGUUCAAACUUGCGCCUUUUGCAGGCCUGGUUGCACAUGAUCGCUUACGAAAGCAUGGUGUGAAAUGAGAGACGAAUUUUCAAGAAAAUCGAUCUGAGUGUUACGUCUGUUUAUCUAUAAUACGAUUACUUGCUUUACAUAUUUGCUAAUAGUUGUUGAAUUAGAUCUCUUUGAAAGUUUUACCAGUUUUACUUUAUACAAUUUCUGCUGAAAUACUGUUAAAAAGCGCAAAGAUCUCAAGGAUCAAUGAUCCUUGACGGCAAAGAAAAAUUUCUUUAAUAAAGAAUUGAAAAAAAAAACUCUCCUAUAUGUAUUAUAGAUCAACUACCACCAUCUUGGGAUAAGAAACAUUGACAAUGUGUAAAAAUUAGUAUUAUCUGAUCUAUUCGAAAAAAUCGUAAUUACUGAUCGUAUUUUACGUGUAUUUAAAUCUGAAA